AUGGAUAACAAAACUCCUUUAAGCAAUCGAGAAUAUUUGCUUUCUCCCAAGACAAAUACCUACCGUCGUCGUUCUAAAAGUCUAAGUGACAAGGCAGAAAAGAAUGGAACCUCUAUUAGCCUUCACAAUCGCGCAAGACGUCAUUCUCCACCACCAAGACACGCUCACCAUCAACCAGUCAUGAAGUUCAAUAGUGACAUGUGGAUGCAGGAAUUCAGGCAAUCGGUCAUGGAAAAAUUAUUUAGAGAAGAGCGUUUUAAAGCCUUCCAAAAGAGACGAGAAUUAGAGAAUUUUAUGGAUUUUAGUGAUGACGAGGAAUGGGCGGAACAACAAAAGAAAGAAAUUAAUCAGUUUCAAAUUUCUUCUCCAAAGUUAAUUCAAUCCGUAGUUCAAAAUGAAAGGGCUUCACAGUACCAACAGUGGUUACAACAACAACCAUUAAAUGCGGAAACUCAACAAUUGCAACAGCAACAAGAGACCUUUGUUAACACGUUACCCACAGAAAUUGCUCAAGCCGUUGCAUCAAAUAAUUUGCCUUCGGAAUGGUUCCAAUAUCGAGAGAAAUGA